AUAAUUAAGUGCAUGUGUUCCUCAAAACUCUCCCACUUCAUUCAAUGAUCUUAUUUCUUUAUUCAUAUUUGACUUUCCAAGUUUUGAGCUGCUGAUAAAACUCAUUCAAUCUCAUUUCUGACCUGUUCCUCCUAAAGAAAAUUUUUCUCCACUCCCUUAAGCUUCUUUUCUUUUUCUUCAUCUCACACAAAACAUAUGUGAACUCCAUUCAGAUCUCAUCAUAUUAUAUACUCUUAUUUUUGUAGUGUUAAUGGAUGCAGCAGCACCAAGACAUCUUUUUUCAUUCAAAAACCAGCAGAAUAACAUUACUAUAACUCAACCUCCAAUGGGUGCAGUUUCAAGCAGUGGCUUCCCAAUAAUUGGUGUUGCAAUGUUAGGAAUUAUGGCCAUUGGUUUUCUGCUAGUCAGCUACUAUAUCUUUGUCUCUAAAUGCUGCAUCAACUGGCAACAAUUUGACCCUUUAAGACGCUUUUUUAGUACGCGGCCACGCCAAUAUGAAGACCCUUUAAUGGGCUAUUCCCCUUCAAGAGAAAGCAGAGGACUCGACGAAUUGGUAAUAAGAGAUAUUCCAACUUUUCAGUACAGCAGAAAUAGAGUUGGUGAAAGAAGUUUUAGGAGAUGUGUUGUUUGUUUGAAUGAGUUUAAAGAAGAUGAAAUGUUAAGACUUCUUCCUAAAUGUAGCCAUGCUUUUCACUUGGAUUGUAUUGAUAUUUGGCUUCAAAAUAAUGCUAGUUGUCCUCUUUGUAGAACUAGUAUUUCAGGUGCAACAAAUAAACAUCCACUUGAUAUGAUUGUUGCACCAAAUUCAUCACCUCAAGAUCCUCAUAUUCCACUACUUAGAAGAAGUAGCAUUUUAGGGAGUGAAGAAGAUUUUGUUGUGAUUGAAUUAAGUGGUCAUGAAGUUGAGGCACAUAAUAGAAUUAACUCUAUUAGUAGGGAAUUGUUGCAGUCUCAAUCAAGAAAGUUUGAGCAGAGGAUUGGAAAGUCAACAAAACAGCAAACAAGAAAGUUUUCAAUUAUGGGUGAUGAAUGCAUUAAUGUUAGAGAGAAAGAUACUCAGUUUUCAGUUGAGCCAAUAAGGAGAUCUUUCUCUAUGGACUCUGCGGCGGACCGACAUGUUUAUUUAUCAGUGCAAGAGAUGAUAAGGCAUAAUAGACACCUCAGAGAGGUUAGAAACAAUGGAGAAAGUAGCAGUAGAUCAAUUCGUAAAUCAAUCUUUUCUUUUGGACAUAGAAGAUCCAAAACUUCAGUUUUACCCUUUGAAUUUUAAGUAUGUUGAAUCUGUUAGUUUGUUCAUUCUUUUGCUGCAAAGUUGGCUCCCGACACAAAUAUUAACAUGGUUUUUUUUAGUUUCUUUUACCUUU